CUCUCAUAACUUCAAUCAUCAUCUUUGUUCAUCACUCGUACACAUAAAUAGCGUUAUUCCCCUAAAAAUAUCAGAAACCACAGUACUUCUAUUCUAUAUGAUGCCAUUAUCAUUUGUUCCGUGACUAAAUUUCUCCAUACGCUCGAUCCUCCACUCCCGCAAAACCCUAAUUUUCUCUCUCUCCUUUCUCUCUUUUUCUACAAGCUGCAAUUGUGUAGAAUCUUUCUGCUCGAUUCUUUUCGAACGUAGUCACGAUGUCUACUCCUGCUCGAAAGAGGCUUAUGAGAGACUUCAAGAGGUUGCAACAAGACCCUCCUGCUGGAAUUAGUGGAGCCCCACAAGACAACAACAUAAUGCUUUGGAAUGCAGUUAUAUUUGGUCCAGAUGACACUCCGUGGGAUGGAGGCGUGCAUCACGUGGAGCAUUUCUGGUUCUCGGACCACCUAAGGCAUGGUACGUUUAAGUUGACUCUUCAGUUUACUGAGGAUUACCCAAAUAAGCCCCCCACUGUUCGAUUUGUUUCUCGAAUGUUUCAUCCUAAUAUUUAUGCUGAUGGAAGUAUCUGCUUGGACAUCCUACAAAACCAAUGGAGUCCCAUUUAUGAUGUUGCAGCUAUUCUUACAUCAAUACAGUCCUUGCUCUGUGAUCCAAACCCAAAUUCUCCUGCAAAUUCCGAAGCUGCCAGAUUGUUUAGUGAGAAUAAGCGAGAAUACAAUCGAAGAGUCCGCGAAAUUGUGGAGCAGAGCUGGACAGCUGAUUAACAACAUCCUCUGGUGCUAUGGCAGAGCAUUUAAAUGCUUCGAGGCAUGUUGCUAUUACCUUUCUCUAUAUGUAUGCAUUUUAGAACCACGUGUAUUUAUUCAAUUUCACGCAUUCUGUCCAACUGCAAAUAUUUGCUUUGGUUGUGUAUAACUGUUGAUCAAUGUGCUGCCCUUCUUUUGUAACAUAACACUGUCAAUCUCUUGCAUUUUGUAGAUCAGUAAUGAGUGUUGAUUAUAUGAA